AUGCAAAUUUUUCAUUCAUUAUUAAACGUUUUUUUAUCAUGUAUAUUGCUCACACAUUUAUACAUAUUUAAUAAGUUCUUCUUAUAUUCGUCGAACCCACAUGCAAAUAUAAUAUUAAAUGGAAAUAAUAAUAUCUUAAAUAGGACCUUAUCAGAUUCAUUUAAUUUACCAGACAAAACAAAAUUAAGAACUUCAAAUAAUAAUAAAACAUUGCAUAAAAAUAAAACAGAUGUAGAAACUGUUAAAGCAAAAAUAAAUAAUAAAAAAUAUUCAAAUGAUAAAAAUAAUAUAAAUGAAGUAGAAACAAUAGAAUAUGAUGAACCGAAAAAAAAAGAAACAUUAGAAGAUCUAUUGGAGGAGUAUGAUGAAGAAAUGAAAGAAAUAAACGAGACCAAAGAAAAGCCAUUUUAUAAAAGAGCCUUACUCUUAUUAGAAGUUUUCGAUAAUAUAUUUAUAGACAAAUUAAUAGAUAUGAAUUUAAAAAAAAAGCAUUCAUCAUUUUUAGAUCAUGCAGUUGUUAACUCAACAAAUAUUGGUACUAAUUCUUCAUUAAUUGGAUUACCCAUGUUAGUUUAUCUUAUUAGAAGUUUUGAAUUUCUAAAUAGAUAUGAAUAA